GGUGCUAUCGAUGCUUCCAGUUCGUUAUUAGUGUUCUAUAUGAUAUAUCAACAAACAGAUUUUGCACGCUGUAAUUCGGAUAAAAAUGAAAUUAUUCAUUCACAUCCGCCUGGAUUGGAACUAUUCUGGAACACAGACAAGGACAAAACUGGACUGAAAUCAAACACUUUGUUGCCAUAAAUCUAAAGAAGCCUACAAAUGAGUUACAUCACCUGGAUUAUGAAGUUUUACCUUCCAAUAGCAGCAGCUAUAGUGGCAUUCCUUAGUCUUAUUGCCUGUGGGUUUACUGAGGGUGCUCCUGACGAUAUGAGAAAAAGCAUGAUUGAAGCUUACAACCUGUCACGGGCGAUAAACCGGAGUCUAACAGGUUAUGACAGGAAAGUCAGACCAAACGCAGGUGGACCGCCAGUCAUAGUGAAAAUAGAAUUUAAAGUCAUCUCCUUUGGAGAAAUCAAGGAGGCUAAUAUGGAAUAUUCGAUGGACAUAUUCAUGCGGCAAUGGUGGCACGAUCCAAGGUUUAAGAACAACUACAGCAAACCAUUCAACAUGGCCGCCGAUCCAACUAAACUGUUCUGGACUCCAGAUACAUACUUCUGGAAUGUGAAGGAUGCCAAAUACCAUCACGUGACCAGGGAGAAUAUGAGAGUGAAAAUAUCUCCUGCCGGAGAGGUUUAUUACAGCACAAGAAUUACUUUAACAGCCCAGUGUGAUAUGGAUUUGCGUCUCUACCCAAUGGACACACAGUAUUGUCCCCUUAUUAUAGAAAGCUAUGCGUACACGACAGCAGAUGUAGAUUACCGUUGGAAGGGAGGAGAUGAUCAGGGCAUAGAAAUAGUGUCCGCUGAAAUGGCUCAGUUUGAUCUGACUGGAGUUAAGACCCGCACUAAAUCGCAGACCAACAGUAAAGGUUCCUUUGCAAGUCUCACAGCGGUGUUUUCGUUUCGAAGACGCACAGAGAGCUUUGUGUCUUCCAUCUUUGUUCCCGCCAUAGUGCUGGUUGUCCUGUCUUGGUGCUGCUUCUUUAUAUCACCUUCUGCUGUCCCGGCCAGAGUGGCCCUCAGCAUCACCACCAUCUUAACAUCAAUUUUGCUCAAGGGGAACGUUAACAGGGACAUGCCCAAGGUCAGUUACAUGAAGGCGGUUGACUACUUCUUGCUGACGUCGUUUGGUUUCAUUUUCGCCGCGUUGAUCGAGUUUAUCAUCGUGCUCAACACCAAUCCAGUAUUCUCAGCGCCUUCCUGGUUCAAAAGGGGUAAAAAGGCGGAUGGCAAAAAGGAAAUCGCGAUGGAAUGCGAGGCCCAUAGCAGAGGCAGUGUUGAUCUUAUCGUGCAAGUAAUGGAUGAAGGAGUGUGUAGAAUCAGGAACAACAAAGGAAAUAUUAAGCUGAAACCUCAACCCAAACAACAACUUCCUACAACACCUCAAGAAGGAGUUAAACCCAAGGCACACUGGAUCGACCGAUUGUCAAGAUUUGUCUUCCCUACUUUGUAUGUCACAUUCCUUGUUUCCUACACCAUAUAUUACGGUGUGCUUAGGGAAGAAAACGAAGGAAACAAAGAUGUGGUGGAAUAAACAAUUUAUCUGAAGAAAGACAAGACAAUUUGAAUGGAAAUUACUGGUUUUGGUUUGUUAAUUGGCAAUUAUCAACAGAGAUAAAUUUGAAAUAGUCUUAGAAUCAUUUUAAAAAACCUUACCCCGAAGAUGACAGUAAAUAUUCACACGGGUAAAUAAAAUACCUCCAGAGAGGUAGCAGCUAACUGAAUUAAAGGCUUCGCAUAAUUUUUCGAUGAAUGCCUGACUUAAGAAUUAAAAAAAAAAACAAAGCUAUCAGUAGCAUUCCUCUGUCUACAAACACAUUAAUAACACUAUUUAGUUUCGAACUGAACAUAAGUUGACAGAAGAAAACUGCCAACGCUUAUAUGAAAACCAGUAGAAUAACUGGAACAAAAACAGUUUGAUAAGUUUUGAGGGCCAAAUUGUGCUAAGUAAAAGAAAAGUAAUUUAACUUAAGGUCAAGAUUAAUGUGACUUUAUUCAGACAGUAGCAACAGGAAUGCAUUUUUGCUUUUUGUUGUUACUCUUUGGCCUACUGGUCAUUUUACAGUAUGAUAAUAUAUAAGAUGAAACGAAAUCUCACAAUGUCCCAGCCCAGUACAACCGUCCUUUGGCACCGUAGUAUCCCGACAGAUUUAAGGCUCAAGUAAAUUAAAUACAUUUUCAUUAAAUUUCAGUUUUAAGAUUAGCAUUUUUAAUUACCAAGGAUCGACGACAGACGAAUUAUAUUUUCAUUAUUCGAUGGCUUAACAGGUUAGAACCGUGGACUGCAAAUGGUAAAACAAUCCUCGCCUUGAGCUGAUAAGCCAUCUUAUAAAGUGCGCAAUAGAAUAAGGUUGAUUCGUCAUAUCGAAUUAGUAUCGGUAUCUAGUUUAUGAUAAACGUUAAGCUAAAAGAUUAUGGAAAUCAACUAAAACAAACCGGUACAGUGGAUAUUGUCAGGCAAAAAUGAAAGCGCGCCAUAAUUCUAAAGAUUAUAAUUCUGUGACCUAAACUACUUAGCUAAACUUUUGUAGCGAUUUGGAAAUAUGUACAAAGUUAAUGACCUAAUAAUAAUAUGCAUUUACCCUGUUUACAGGAUAAUUAUUAUAUAUUCUGAGUAUAUAAUGCCGCUAAGGCGAUAGUUUCUUUGUCUUUCCUCACAUCCUCUAUUUAUUUCACUUUUGCAAAAGGUCAGUUUCAUUCUGCUCAAAACUUAGUUAAAGCUUAUAACUACGAGGAUGAGGUCAUUUAACGGCAAGUUACGUAUUGUAAAUACUGUACAAUAUCCUUUGGAGUAGGACUGCUGAAAUAAAUCUCUCUCAAUUAUA